AUGGUGCUCUCGCUGCCUGUCCCCAGCUUCUCCAGAUCCUCCACUUCCCCCCACGCCCCGCUGAUGACACGCCGCAAGCCAACCGACACCGCGGCUCGGCCUCCUCAACCAGCUCCUCGUCCAGUCGAAAUCCACUCCCUCACCCUCAGCGAGGCUCUCCGGAAUAACCCUUUUGGUAGUAGUACAUCGCGCUCCCGCUCCGUGCAGGUACCUCUCCAUCAGGUGGAGGAGCAGCUGCGCGAGCAGGACGAGCUGAAUGCCGCGCUGGAAACACUAGCGGGCACAUUUCCGGACGUGCGCAUCGAGGUUUUCCGCGAGUUACUGGUGCGCUUUGACGGUGAGAGCCGGCUACAAGUCUGCGUCGAGCAGUUGCUGCGACAUAAGGAGAAAUGGGUUGAGGGCCGGUGGAAUAUACCUGAGACUCAAGGUACACCGGAUGAACAGAGUCUCAAUGUGCAAGUAGGACCCCCUGGCCCCGUGGAUGAGAACCUAGUCCCGGUUGAGGAGCGCUUCCGGUCAGAAGGGUACAAAGCGGCGGUGCAGUUGAUUCUGGCGAAGGAAUUCAGCAGUCUGAGCAAGAGCACCGUUGAUGCCGUACUAGCCGAGGUGAAUUUCAGUUAUUGGCGCGCGCGUCCUACGUUGCGAGAUCUCUCGCGCCGCACGUGGCGAGCGACGUUCAAUAGUAUCUUGCCGUUCCGUCGCAAGAAGGACCGAGAUGAUCAUCCCCUUAUGACGUGGCAACGUCGCAUGGAUGGCGAGCUUGUGCCCCGGUUGAAAGAGACCGGGUCAGCCGAGCUGGAUGCCGAACUUCAUGCGAUAAUCCUGGCGCCGCUGCUAGACCAACGGCGUGAAAACCAGGAGGCUGACGAUUUCCGGCUUGCCUUGGAAUUGAACGAGAAGGAGGCGAAGGCGGUUGAUGCUUUGUAUGAGUGCGAGUGCUGCUUUGCGGACGUCACCUUUGAGCAGAUUGCGACCUGCUCGGCCAAUGCGCAUGUUAUCUGCUACCAUUGCAUCCAGCGGACAAUCUAUGAGGCGUUGUUCGGCCAGGGCUGGGGCAAGUCUGUGGACUUGGAACGCUCAACAUUAAAAUGUCUCGCUCCGUUGGCCGUCGGCGCAUGUGAUGGCUGUCUGCAUCCGCAAAUUGUUAAACAGUCUAUCCUCCUCGACACUGCUGGCUUGGAGAUGUACCGCAAAUUCGAGGACCGAUUGGCCUCGGAAACACUGCUCAAGUCUCAAAUGAAACUCAUCCGGUGUCCAUUCUGCUCCUACGCCGAAGCUGAUCCGGUCUAUCAUCCCUCUUCUCGAGGUAUCCGCUGGCAGGUCCGCCGGGACGGUGGUCUCAUUCCCUCUAUUCUAAUGACGCUCUUCCUUCUUGACCUUGUUCCUUUACUUGUGAUUCCUUUCCUAAUAUUCCUUCUUGUGGACCCGUCCUUCGUCACCACUAUCUUCCAAAACGCGAUCCGACACCUUUGCCUCAAGAUCCGCCUUAAACGGUUCACAUGUUCCAAUCCAUCCUGUCAGCGUGUGAGCUGCAUAACCUGCCAAAAGCCAUGGCGUGAUCCGCACAUCUGCCAUGAGCCACUUCUGCUCGACCUCCGAGCCACCGUCGAAGCUGCACGAACGGCAGCAGUCAAGCGCACCUGUCCGCGCUGCGGUCUCUCAUUCGUCAAGUCCUCAGGCUGUAACAAGCUGACCUGCGUCUGCGGGUACUCUAUGUGCUACCUGUGCCGGAAGGCACUUGGUCCACGCAUUCAACCCGCCCGAGCCCGGCGUGGAUUCGACCGGCCCCGGCCCCGGGACCUGGACGCUUACGAUGGUCCAGGCGAGGACAUUCCAUUCGAAGACGAGCCAGAGCCCGAAUCCGAGGACGACGAAUUCGAAGAGCCCGAAGGUUACAAGCACUUCUGCGAGCAUUUCCGCAUCAAUCCUGGAUCCCACUGCACCGAGUGCAGCAAAUGUGAUCUCUACCAGGCCGAAGACGAAGAAGCCGUUGCCCGGCGCGCAGGCGAGAAAGCCGAGCGAGAAUGGUAUCUUCGUCAAGGACCUUCUGGCCCCAAUAGUUCAGCGUCGGCAGUUGGAUCGCACAGCGUCAACUAUGACCUAUCGGCCGGUGCUGAGGGCCAUGCUACCGGCCGUGGCGCGGCCAGUACCCUGUGGGAUCUACGUCUGACAGGGAAGCCGUGGGCUUACUGGGUGAGUGAUGUGUGGGCGGAGGGACGGUGGAAAUUAGAGGGUCAGGCUUUGGUCGAUUGGAUUGUGGAGCGUGUCAUGGUGAUUGAGGAGGUGUGA